CCUACCCUUCUGAACUCUCUCUCUCUAAAUAACCCUAAAGUAUUAACUUGACAUAGUACUUCUUACUCAGACUGAGAGUAGUGUUGUUUCCAUUUUCAGUUAAAAACUAUUUCCAAAUCCUUUUAUCAUAUAAUAACCAUCAGACAACAAAUCAUGAGUAGUACUAGUAUUGCCCAAUCAGAUUCAUUGCCGGUCGAAUCAAACCGGCCGAUCAAGACUACCACCACCACAACCCAAUCGGUCUAUCGAGGGGUCCGAAUGAGAACAUGUGGCAAAUGGGUAUCCGAGAUCCGAGAACCCAGAAAAAAAUCCAGAAUAUGGCUUGGAACUUUUCCGACCCCGGAGAUGGCAGCAAGGGCUCACGACGUCGCCGCACUAAGCAUCAAGGGAACAAACGCCGUCUUAAACUUCCCCCACCUCGCCGGAUCAUUUCCCCGCCCUGUUUCACUAUCUCCUAGAGAUAUUCAAACGGCGGCGGCGAAGGCGGCGGCCAUGGAACAUGUCGGGUCAACUAGAAUGAUGUCGGAAUCUAUUUUGUCGGAGGAACUGAGUGAGAUUAUUGAGUUGCCUAGAUUGGAUAUGGAGAUGGGUUUUGAUGAUCGGUCGUCGGAGUUUGUGUAUUCAGAUGAGUUGGAAGAUUGGUGGGUGGUGGCUACGGAGGUUUCCGGUGCCGGAGAUGAUGAUAUUGAUGGUUUAAUGCCAACUGCUUGUUUUGACUGUUUGGCAGGGAAAUAUCAAUGGGGUGAGUCAUGAUGAUGAGUGUUAUUUUAAUUAGUUUGUUGUGAAUAAAUUGCUUUUGUCACGUCCCGUCUUGUUUUUCUUUAUUCCUUCUUUACUUAUUAUCAUUGUAUUAAUUAUGUACAUUAUUAUCUUUGUUUUAAUCAAAAAAAAAAUGUUAUAUUUGAAUUAACA